AUGUCAUGCUCAAUCGGUUUUGUCAUAUUUGCAUUUUGUCUUAUAUCAUCUAGUAUUAGUAUUCGUCUAUAUUGUUAUCCGAAUGCCGAUGUGAUUCUCCCAAGGAGUACUGUCCUUUACAAUAAUGCAACAUUUGGAUUUUGUCGAUGUUCAAGUACUGCAUUGAAUGCAUCACGUGGUUUUCAAUAUGAUCAAUCGACGAAUUCAUGUUAUAUACUUACAAGUGAUGUAUCAAUAUCAAAUAUGCGUGUGAAGAUCAAUUCGAUAGUUUGUUUUAUUAAUUCAUCAUCAACGCUGAAUGCAAUCGCAUCAACAAUAGCGUCGACAAUAUCGCUUUCUUCAUUCUUCAAUUAUGUUUCCGCGUCAACAACAGGUGGUCAGUAUUUUCAAGAAGAAGUUGUUUCAUUUCAAAACUCAGUAGUCUUGUCUAAUUUAACUAUUACCAUCACGGUACAGGAGGCAUCAGGUUUGUAUAAUCCAAGAUCUUAUGACACCACGCUAGGAUCUAUGACAAAUGUGAUCAACGAUACUGGUACAGAAAUUGUAUACACUUUCAGUCUGAUCAAUGGACGGACGCUGAUGCCAGCUUAUUGGAAUUUCGUUGCUCAGUUUUCUUUGAAUAAUCAAAUGAGAAAUUCAAGCAAUGACACAUACUCAAUACAAGUAGGAUCCUAUGAAAUUACCACCGGCCAUUAUUGA